CACAAGCCCCGCCCUCUCCGCCUGCGCCUCAUGCUGCUGCGGGCCGCCGUCGCCGCCUCUUUGCGCGUGGUGUUGCCCGGCGUGUCGAUCCGCUGCUUGGGUGUGUCGGGCCCGGGCCUCCUGCAGCCGCAGCCCCCGAGGAGACAGAAGCAGCAGCAGCUGCCGUGGUGGCAGCGCCAGGCUACCGGCAUGGACGGGGACGCGAGCACCGUGGAGCAGGCGCUGGCGCCGCUGCGGCAGGCGGUGCGGGAGCAGGGAGAACUCGUUCGGAAGUUGAAAGCAGACAGCGCUCCACAGGUGGACGUUGAUAAAGCAGUGGCAGAACUGAAGGCUCGGAAACGGACCUUGGAAGCCAAGGAGCUGUCUCUGCAACCCAAGGAUGACAUUGUUGACCGGGUGAAAAUGGAGGACACACUGAAGAGACGGUUCUUCUAUGAUCAGGCUUUUUCCAUCUAUGGAGGGGUGAGUGGUCUGUACGACUUUGGUCCUGUUGGCUGUGCCCUGAAGAACAACACCCUGCAGAUCUGGCGACAACACUUCAUCCAGGAGGAGCAGAUCCUGGAGAUCGACUGCACCAUGCUGACUCCUGAACUGGUCCUCAAGGCAUCUGGGCACGUGGACAAGUUUGCAGACUACAUGGUGAAGGACCUGAAGAACGGGGAGUGCUUCCGUGCAGACCACCUGCUCAAAGCUCAUUUGCAGAAAUUGAUGUCGGAUAAGAAAUGCUCAGUGGAGAGGAAGGCAGAGAUGGAGGGCGUCAUCACCCAGAUGGACAAUUACAGUCAGCAGGAGUUAGCGGAUCUGUUUGUGAAUUACAACGUCAAGUCUCCAGUAACCGGGAAUGACUUGUCUCCUCCGAUCUCCUUCAAUCUGAUGUUCCAGACAUCCAUCGGGCCAGGAGGCAACAUGCCAGGCUACCUCCGGCCUGAGACAGCUCAAGGGAUCUUCCUGAACUUCAAACGGUUGUUAGAAUUCAAUCAGGGGAAACUUCCGUUUGCUGCCGCCCAGAUUGGAAAUUCAUUCCGGAAUGAGAUCUCCCCGCGAUCGGGUCUCAUCCGGGUCAGGGAGUUCACCAUGGCAGAGAUCGAGCACUUUGUGGAUCCCAGUGAGAAGAAUCACCCCAAGUUCUCCAGUGUGGCUGACCUCGAGAUCAUGCUGUACUCUAGCCAAGCCCAGACCAGUGGGCAGUCAGCGCGGAAGAUGCGACUCGGGGAUGCAGUGGAGCAGGGAAUCAUCAAUAACUCGGUGCUGGGGUACUUCAUCGGCCGGAUUUACCUCUUCUUGCUGAAGGUGGGCGUGUCGGCCGACAAGCUGCGGUUCCGGCAGCACAUGGAGAACGAGAUGGCCCACUACGCCUGUGACUGCUGGGACGCGGAGUCCAAGACCAGCUAUGGCUGGAUCGAAAUAGUCGGCUGUGCUGACCGGUCGUGCUACGACCUGGCUUGUCAUUCCAGAGCGACCAAGGUGCCUUUGGUCGCAGAGAAGCCUCUGAAGGAACCCAAGACUGUCAGCGUUGUCCAAUUCGAACCCAACAAGAGUGCCAUUGGCAAGGAGUUCAAGAAGGAGGCCAAGAUAGUGAUGGAGUACUUGAGUGUUUGCGACGAAUGUUACAUCACUGAGAGGGAGAAGGAGCUGAACGAAAAGGGGGAGUUCACUUUUGAGUCCGAAGGCAAAACGUUUACCCUGACAAAGAGCAUGGUUGGAGUGAAGAGGUUUCAGAAGACCCUGCACGUUGAGGAGAUCACUCCCAGUGUGAUUGAGCCGUCCUUUGGCAUCGGGAGGAUCAUGUACACAGUGUUUGAGCACACUUUCAACAUCCGGGCUGGUGACGAGCAGAGAACGUACUUCAGUUUCCCAGCGACUGUGGCUCCCUACAAAUGCUCUGUGCUCCCACUCAGUCAAAACCAGGAGUUUGCUCCGUUUGUGAAGGAGCUGGCCGAGGCACUGACACGACACGGGGUCUCCCACAAGGUAGAUGACUCAUCGGGCUCCAUCGGCAGGCGCUACGCCAGGACGGACGAGAUCGGCGUGGCCUUCGGCAUAACCAUCGACUUCGACACGGUGAACAAGGUGCCGCACACGGCCACGCUGAGGGAGCGGGACUCGAUGCGGCAGAUCCGGGCGGAGAUUUCAGAACUGCCCCAAGUUAUCAGAGAUCUAUCCAAUGGCUUGAUGACCUGGGCUGACGUCGAGGCGAAGUACCCCUUAUUUGAGGGCCAAGAAACCAGCAAGAAAGAAAAUUAACCCUCCCAUACCUAGCACAGGUUGGGAGCCAGUACCAGUGGGUAGCUUCGGUGACAUCAAUCAACAAGGACUGGACAAAGUGUAUUAAAGAACCAGUGACUCUCAUCCAGCAAACAUCAGCCCAUUCCUACGACCACAGAACUUCACUGUGUUCUCGGCAAUAAAAUCUGA